GCCCCAGGUGUUGGUUCCCUGUGUGUCACCUGGGCGUGGCGCGCCUUCCCUGGGCGCUUUGGCUCGGGCACUAUGGUAGGCGGGCUUCUGCAAUGGCUCCCAAGAUCCUGGUUCCACAGAGGAACACAGUCAGGUUGGAGGGUGACAAAGCUGGCAGAUGGCAUUAGAGACCCACAGCACCCUGUCCCCAGGUGGCACCCGGCCAGGAGCUGUCAUCUGACCCGACCCAGCCCGCCUGGCUGGCGUCUGAUUCCAGGUGCAGGUCCCCAGGAGCUGGCUCCCGCUGUCCGUGGAAGGACCGAGUUCUCUGCCUUCUCUCCUUUGCCGAGUGGGCAAAGCUGCCAGCAGCCCGAGGAAGGAGCUGAAAUGAGGCCCCCAGGAGGCUCAGGAACUGGGGGCAUCAGGUGACACAAACCCCUGACAGGAGGCUCACUUCCGGCUGGGCGCCCAGGUGCUGCUGCUGGGCCCGCUCUAAGGUCCAGCCUCCACCUAGGUGGCCACGUGACCAGAGGACCUUGCCCUGGGAGCCUGGCAGAAGGAAGUGGCCUGUCUUAGGGACCGGGGGGGCGGGGGCUGGGCUGCUUCUCCCCCAUCUCUGCUGGAGCCCGGCCUCCACCCACCCAGCUGCCCUGGCCACCGCUCAGCCGGCUGCCUGGUACGGGAAGCCGACCUUUCCCCAGGGCAGAGGGAGGCAGGUAGGGGCCCCGCAGGCCCGGUUAUGAUGGCCUGUCAGCCUCCCGGGAAGUGACCAGGCCUGGGAACACCAAUGUUUCUCUCUCUGGCUCCCUUCCUCUCUCCCUACAAUCAAUAAAAACACAGCCUCAGGCCAUGGCGCAGGCAGACGGGCGCCCCCAGCCCGGGGCGGGGCAGCCCCACGUGUUCAAGCUGGUCCUCCUGGGAAGCGGCUCUGUGGGCAAGUCCAGCCUGGCUCUCCGAUACGUGAAGAACGACUUCAAGAGCAUCCUGCCAACCGUGGGGUGUGCGUUCUUCACGAAGGUGGUGGAGUUGGGUGCUACGUCUCUGAAGUUUGAGAUCUGGGACACGGCUGGCCAGGAAAAGUACCACAGCGUCUGCCACCUCUACUUCAGGGGCGCCAACGCAGCGCUGUUGGUGUACGACAUCACCAGCAAGGAUUCUUUCCACAAGGCUCAGCAGUGGCUGAAGGACCUGGAGCGGGAGUUCCUCCCUGGAGAAGUCGUGGUGAUGCUGGUCGGCAACAAGACAGACCUCAGCGAGGAGCGGGAGGUGACCUUCGAGGAAGGCAAGGAGUUUGCAGAGAGCCAGAGCUUGCUGUUCAUGGAGACCUCGGCCAGACUCAACCACCAGGUGACCGAAGCCUUCAGCGCCAUUGCUCGAGAGCUGCUGCAGAGGGCGGAGAGGAAGGAGGACCAGACACGGCGGGGAGGUGCCCGGCUGGCCCUGAACCAGGGGCCCAUGGGGCGGGCCAAGUGCUGCGCCCGCUAGAGGCAGCCACAGCCACUCCAGGAGGGUCUCGAGGAGGAGCCCCCCAGCCUGACCCAAGCGCCAUGUGGACGGUGGUACAUGACUCUGAUUCUCCAUUCACACUGGCGAGUUCCCGGGGGUGCCCGGAAGCCGGCAUCUCUCCGAAGAACCACUUCCCAAAGCCCGUGGAGUCAUUCAGGAGAGGACCGGUGUCCAUGGCCUCACCGCCUGCACCCAGACACAGACUGAGUCCCAGUGCCCAGGCCGGGCGCACCUGUCCAGCCUGGCUGCCCAUCCACCCUGCUGCUCCCGCCUCCGAGGAAUGAAACGGGUCAGAGGGAACAGGGACCUGGUGUUGGGCAAGGCCUACCUGCAUCUGGGAGUGGGGAGAGGACGGAGCAGGUGCAGCGGGAGGUGGCAGUGCCAGGGGAAAUGGAGUGGUGGUUUUCUAAAAAAAUUAAACUGCUUUCUAUAA